CUGUUCGAUUCAUUCGGCAAGCCUAGCAUUUUUUCUAACAAAUUUCCUUGUUCGGUCGUCCCAUCCGGAACCGCACGCCGCCCGUAACAGUGGCUGCCUUCAAUUCCUCGCUGUUCUUCAACCAUCCCGAUUCUUUUUCUUUUCCGGUUCCAAUUGGCCUCACCUAUGCUAAGAUACGUUUUGAAAGGUCCCAAGUUCUUUUCGUUAGGCAGAAGAGAAACAGGGAUAGAGUUCGAUCGUUAUCCGGCAUGUUGGAGGAAAGUGCUUAUGCUGCCGUGACGCAGGGCAGUGGUCUUCGGCGACUCGCUCACGUUCUGACCGUCGCUGGUUCCGAUUCCGGCGGCGGAGCUGGCAUCCAGGCUGAUAUCAAGGCCUGUGCCGCCGCCUGUGUAUACUGCUCCUCCGUCAUCACUUCUGUCACGGCGCAGAAUACCAUCGGAGUUCAGGGAGUGUACUCUCUUGCAGAAAACUUCGUUGCAGAGCAGUUGAGAUCGGUGCUUUCUGAUAUGCAAGUUGAUGUGAUAAAGACAGGCAUGCUUCCUUCUCCAGGUAUGAUCACGGUCUUAUGCCAGAGUAUAAAAGAGUUUCCUGUCCGAGCCGUUGUUGUUGAUCCAGUGAUGGUUUCUACCAGUGGCGAUGUGCUUUCCGGUCCAUCCACGCUCAGUGGCUUUUGCAAGGAGCUUCUUCCAUUGGCUGAUAUAGUUACCCCAAAUCUGAAAGAAGCUUCAGCCCUACUUGGAGGAAUAUCCUUGGAUACUGUAGAUGACAUGCGUUUUGCUGCUAAAUCUAUACAUGAUUUUGGAGCUAGGAAUGUACUUGUGAAAGGUGGGGAUCUCCCUGGUUCAUCGGCCGCCAUUGACAUAUUUUUUGAUGGGGAACAAUUUCAUGAGCUUUGUGGACCACGCAUAAUGACACGUAACACUCAUGGAACUGGUUGCACUUUGGCAUCAUAUAUAGCAGCAGAACUUGCUAAAGGUACUCCAAUGCUGCAAUCUGUUCAGGCAGCUAAAAGCUUUGUGAAGAGUGCACUGCUUUACAGUAAGGAUCUUAUGAUAGGAAAUGGACCCCAAGGUCCCUUUGAUCACCUCUUCAUGCUGAAGAAUCAACUAAAUAACUAUGCCCCCAAGUGGACUUUCAAUGCAAAUAGUUUGUUAUUGUAUGCUGUCACUGACUCUCGAAUGAACAAAAAAUGGGCUCGCUCCAUUACAGAAGCUGUUAAAGCUUCCAUUGAAGGAGGUGCCACCAUCAUUCAGCUAAGAGAAAAAGAGGCAGAAACCAGCGAAUUUGUCAAAAAAACCGUGGAUUGCAUGGCUAUUUGCCGUUCUUACCAUGUACCAUUACUGAUCAAUGACCGGAUUGAUGUCGCACUUGCCUGUGAUGCUGAUGGCGUUCACAUUGGCCAGUCUGAUAUGCCGGCAGAAUUGGCUCGCAAAAUUCUUGGUCCAGGCAAGAUCAUUGGAGUAUCCUGUAAGACCCCAGCACAAGCAAUGAAAGCUUGGGCUGACGGUGCUGAUUACAUUGGCUGUGGCGGAGUUUUUCCAACUAACACAAAGCAGAGCAAUCCAACUAUUGGCUUAAAGGGCCUUGAAACUGUUUGUUUAGCUUCAAAACUUCCUGUGGUUGCCAUUGGUGGUAUCGGUGCAGGAAAUGUACAGUCGGUCAUGGAACUCGGUGUGCCAAAUCUGAAAGGUGUUGCAGUUGUUUCUGCCCUUUUUGAUCAGGAAUCUGUUGCCACUGAAACCCGUAGACUGAAAUCAUUGUUGACUGUAAGGUGAUGGCUUAAUUUCUCUUUGAGUUCUUGGUGAGAAAGGUGACUUGUAACCUGUGUUUUUUUUUUCCAUAUUUGAAGAUUCUCAAACUGCAAUGCAUGGUCUUAGGAGAGAUUAUUCUGUGCGGACACCGAAAGAGAGAACUGUCCGGUUAACUUUGGUACUGAGCUCGGUACCGAGCAGUAUCGAGUCUCGGUACUGAGCGCGGUACCGAGUGCGGUAUAUUUUGGAGGUGAUGUGGCGUAUUUUUAUACGACAUCCGGACUCCGCAGAGAAUAAUUUUUCUGGUCUUAGGGUUUCCUCAUUCUCGGCAGAUUGAUGAAUAGAGUAUCUUGAAUGAUUAAGGACGGAUCAACUGAAGCAUGGUUCCUUUUUGGAAAUAAUAUACUUCUUUUUGGUCUAUAUUUACAACUUGAAGGGUUCUGAUUCUCUCUAAUCAUUCAUUACACCGUAAUCUGCAGUGAGUAAUAUAUUGUGUGAUUGGUUUUAUUA